AUGCGCCGCAGCCUCGUAGCCAUCGCCAUCCUGGGCGCCGUAGCCUCUGCCCAUCGAAUUCCCAGCCAUCUCGAGGACCUCUAUCACCGGAACAAGCCUGGGACCUGCUUCAAAAAACUAUCCGACAUCUUCCAUGGCGGCGCGACAUAUUGUGGAGAUGUCCCCGAGGCCAUCUACGUCAAGGGAAGCGACGGCAACUAUGACAACAUGGACAUCGACUGCGACGGCGCCAGGUACUGGUCCGGCGAGUGCUCCAACGACGGCGACAUUUAUGGCCUGGGAUAUACGGCCUUUGUCGACACCGUCAGGACGUAUGGUAUUCGUGAUCUCGACACCAACGUCCACCCUUAUGUGGUCUUUGGAAACGAAGGCUCCAACCCGUCAUUCGACCCCCGGAGCAUGGGGAUGCAGCCGCUCAGUGUCAUGGCCGUGGUGUGCAACGGCCAGCUCUUUUACGCCGUCUGGGGCGACACCAACGACUUCACCUCUACGGGAGAGGCGUCACUGGCCCUUGGCAGGCUUUGCUUUCCCAAGGAGAUUUUUUCCGGGAACAGCACUCAUGCGCCCAAAGAUGUCUUGUACAUCGGCUUCAUCGGAAACGAUGCCGUUCCUGGUGCCAAAGGCGCAAAUUGGAAGACGAAGAAUACGGCCCGUUUCCAGGCUAGCAUUAAGAGACUCGGCGAUAAGCUCGUAGCCGGCAUUCCAUAUUGA